AUGGCAGCGUUGGACAAGCGCCUGAUGGAGCUACAUGAGACCAAGGCAGGGUUGUGGAAAAUCAAGGAAGAGCUUUUCACCCUGCUCCUGGUCGAUCUUGAUCCACAUCUGAGCUCCUUGCCGGAUGCUGCGCGUCAGAUGCAGAUUAGGGCCGAAAUUCGUGACACCCUGGGUGCGGGGGGGGACAUCGUCGGUGUCUUCCCGGUGGGGGGUACCUGGGGACACCAUACGGCUCUUGACAUCCACCAGCUCGUUAAACGAGACCUUCGUGCAUUGCUUCUUCCAGUUACCGGUAAAGCCUGCUGGGUCCCCCUCUCACAGGCAGAGAUGACGAAGAAGCGCAAGCGUCAGCAAGAUGCUGGCCUUACCACUGCUAAGGGGCGGGGUCGUGGGGAUCGUUCUGGGCCGGGUGAGCCUUCGCGUGGGUGUCAUUCGCCGCGUCGCGACUCCCGCAGGUGA